UCCGCCCUAAAAUUAAACCAAUUAUUGCCGACGGGAGAUAAAUGCGACUACUGAUUUUCAGUUACUGAAAUACCGAUUUUAGCACCCACGCAACCCCUUCUCUCGAAAAUUAACGCGUGAGCAUAGCUUCAAUUUCCUUCCACACACGAAUGGAUUCCAAGUGGAGGAACGUAUUGGCGGCAGUUUACUUGACAAUCACAGCCACGAUCUUGAUGGAAAAUGGAGUGAGAGCGUGGACAGGUGAAAUCCAUGGCAGAGUGGUGUGUGAUGUGUGUGGGGAUUCUUCUAUCGGCCCUGAAGAUCAUGUUUUAUCAGGUGCCGAGGUGGCUGUGCUUUGCAUAACCAAGUCAGGCGAAGUUCUAAAUUAUCAGGCAUUCACUAAUUCAAAUGGGGUAUACACAGUUGCAGAGACGAUGCCAGAGAGUGAUCAGUGGGAUGCAUGUUUAGCUAGACCCAUUAGCAGUUUCCAUGAUCACUGCACUCAUCUCGGAGAUGGUAGUACCGGUGUCAAGUUCAAUUACAAUCAUCCUUCAGGCUUUUCACAUGCUGUUAAACCUUUUGUUUACCGUCCUGCUAGUGUUCCUACAUACUGCAUUUAGAAUAUGUUGCAUGCUGUGAACAAAUAAAUAUUUAAGAUAAAAGAAAUGAUAUGCACCGUUGUAUAAUGUAAUUGAGAGCAGUCGAUAUUUAUUGUAAGUUGUUCCUUUAGCUUGUUGCAUUAAACUAUUUCAAGUGAAUUGUGAAGUAUAAGAAUCUAAAGUUGAAAUUCAGUAAUAUUUUCAAUCAAUAUUA